UGGGAUUCCCGAAAACCAGAAGCCUGUAUUCGGUAUUAUUUUUGUCAGCAGCGCUGGCAACGAAGGAACAACAUGAGCCGUCAUCCUUGAGGCUGUGGAGAGAAAACGCGGACCUACAGGAAACUACGAGCAACUACAAGAAACUUCGGGGAGGGGGGAGCGGCGGAAGGAGAGAGAGAGGAGAAAAGAUACUAGGCAGUUGUAACUUGAACACCCAAAAGGGAUCGGCAGACGCUAACUAAGGACUCCCUCGAGCUCUCCACUCGCUUUGCCGAAACCCCGCCCCGGAUCCUCACGGGGCUCUCGAGAGGAUGAAGUGCUCGGAAGGGUACCGACGUGCAAUGUUGGGGGCUUUCGUGUCCAGCUGUCCUCUGAGGCUCUUCGUGCUUUCGUCACUCCUCGCCGGAAUUCACGGUGAUUGUGGACCACCACCAAAACUGAACAAUGCCAUUCCCCUUGUGGAAAUUCAUAAAGAAAAUUUCAGUUCUCUGGAAUCAGUAACCUACAAAUGUCUGGAUGGUUUUUUUAAUAUCCGAGGAAAACUAGAUGUAGCAACAUGCCUUUCUGAGUCACAAUGGACACCCAUAGAAGAGUUUUGUGAACCUAGUUGCAGUAGACCACCGAAGUUCAAAUUUGCUAAAAUAAAACCGGGGGAAAGGAGGAAUUAUUUUCCUGCAGAGACCAAGGUCAACUAUAUCUGCAGUCCAGGUUAUGUUUCUAUUCCUGGAAUCAAUUCGUCUGUUACAUGUCUUGAAAAUUACACCUGGACAGCACUCCCAUUUUUUUGUGAAGGAAAAUCAUGUGGUGAUCCAGGAGAACCAAAACAUGGUGGAGCUGUUAUACUAACUAAUUUUUUGUUUAUGGCAAAAGUAAAUUUCACCUGUGAUGAGGGGUAUAGGUUAAUUGGCUCACCCUCUACUGAAUGCAUACUGAAAGAAGAUGAAGUUGAAUGGAAAACAAAGCCUCCUGAAUGCCGAGCUGACUCCUUCAACUGGAAUCCACUCACUUUUGACUCCCACAUUUGUUGUUUGAAGUUGAAGCUUAAGUCUCAUUAUAAAUACUAUAUAACAUCAACAAUUUUCGCUAUUAUUACGGGAUCUCGCCCGGCCCCUCUGGUUCAAUUUUGGUUUGGACGCGAGAAGCGGUUUUCUUUGCCUCUUGUCUUGGUUGCUGCGAUGGCGUUGCUUCUUUGCUGCUGGAAGGGGUGCCUGACACGGACGUUGCUGCUGCUGCUUUGGCUGCUGUCGCUUGAAGUUCAAGGUGAUUGCCCCGCUCCGCCAAACCCACCCCAUUCUACACUGAGGGGUGGAGAACGGCAAGAAAGCUAUCCUACUGGGACGGUUUUGCGAUACACUUGCAUCCCUGGUUAUCAAUUUAUAUCUGGCUCGAGGCCUGCUCUUGAAUGUCUUGAAAAUUCAAAAUGGACGGAAACGCCUACAUUUUGUGAAAGAAAACGAUGCACAGUUCCAGUUAUUGAGAAUGGCAAUAUAGAGACCACAGGUGACCUUCGGCUUGGCGAGACAGUAACUUUUGUCUGUCACAAAGGGCACAGAAUGCUAGGUCCAAGUACUGCUCGCUGCAUUGUGUCUGAUGGCAACAGGGUUGCCUGGAAUAGAGAACCUCCAUAUUGCCAAAGAAUCCCUUGUGAGCGCCCUCCCAGAGUUGCUAAUGGAAGGCAUGAUGGUGAUGAAGGUUUUGAUCACUAUGAUUAUGGCACAGUGAUAACAUAUACAUGUGAUAAAGGCUUAUCUCUUAUUGGAUCUCCGAGCAUUUUCUGUACUUCGGAUGAUGGUGAAAAUGGAAACUGGGAUAGACCUGCUCCUGAAUGUAAAAUGGUCGAGUGUCAAAGACCAGAAAUCGCCAGUGGAAGACUGACAACUCCAUUUCAGUCUACAUAUAAAUACGACACUGUCCUGCGGUUUGUAUGUGAUCGUGGCCAUACCCUGGUGGGGAGUGAGUUUGUGAAAUGCGGAGCUGACAAUUCCUGGCAUCCUGAUCUUCCUACAUGUGUCAAAGGUAUUUUUACCACUGCUACCACCACCACUACUGGCGCUGCCCCUGUUCCUCCAGGAGGAGGUGAGGUUCCAGGUGAGGUUCCAGGGACACCAGUAGGGCCAGCCAUAAGGCCAACCACUGAGACAACAGAAGAAACCAUUACCACUGGCACUGGAUCUACACAGAGGCCAGGGGCAACAGUUCCUAAAGAUAAACAAGGAUCCAAAGCCCUGAAAAUUGCUCUUGGAUUGGUGUUUGGUGUUAUAAUUCUGGCUGGUAUAAUUUUUGCAUUUGUGAAAUAUGGACCUUGCUUUAAAACGGGGAAAAGUGACGCUCGUCCUGGUUCUUCUGAUUCUUACCGUGAAGUCGCACGUAAUGAUUUAGCAGUGGAAAUGAAAUCACUGGGUCACUGCAGUCUGCCACCUAGGCUAGAUUUUGCUGAGCCUGCUGAUGAGCAUAAAGAAAAAAAUUCCUUUCCUGUUGGGUCCUCUGUGACGUACCAGUGCCGCCCAGGCUACAUAAAACCCCCUGGAUUGAAAUACACUAGUACUUGCCUUCAAAACCAGACGUGGUCCAUCAUUCGGGAGCUCUGCCAAAAACGAACAUGUGCACAUCCUGGAGAACCAGAGAAUGGGAGGCUGGUUUCAUCAGGAAAUUUUCUCUUUGGUUCUCGUGUAGAUUACAUUUGUGAAGAAGGUUAUAGGCUGAUUGGUAAGUCUUCCAGAAUGUGUGUGAUACAUGACAAAGGAGUGCAGUGGACAGGGAACAUUCCAUUAUGUCAACGUAUCCCAUGUCUCCGACCGCCAGACAUUCCUCAUGGCACACACAGUGGCAGAUACGAGGAUGACUUCACUUAUGGGACAGUCGUAACAUAUACCUGUGAAGACGGCUACCCGCUUUUCGGAGAUGCCCACAUUCACUGUACCUCUAAGGAUGGAUUCAAUGGAGAGUGGAGUGGUCGUGCAUAUUGUGGAGUGACAGAAUGUCCACAGCCACACAUUGAGAAUGGAAGGAUUGUGGCUGGUGUUUCUAAAACUUACAAAUAUAACCAAAGUGUUAUCUUUGACUGCAACAAUGGCCACAUGAUAUCUGGCUUAAGAGAGAUCCGUUGCCAGAUGGAUGGCACAUGGGAGCCUCCUCUACCUCACUGUAAACGGAGAGUUACGGGCUGCAGAACUUUAGAAAUUCAGAAUGGAAGAAUAACUAGAGCACAAGUGGUUUAUAAACCCAUGGAAGCAAUUACAUUUGAUUGUGACCCUGGCUAUGUUCUGAAAGGCAACCGUACAAUUCAGUGCCAGUUUGACAACACAUGGGAUUCUCCUGUGCCUAUCUGUGUGAGGGCUGUGCGGUGCCAGCCCCCACCAGAUGUGCCAAAUGGGAGUUACAGGAACCAGGAAGACGCAGCAUUUACCCCUGAAAUGUUUGUGAUUUACACCUGUGAUCCUGGCUAUGCUCUUAUUGGAGAGGCCAGUAUUUAUUGCACUUCAUCAGGGACAUGGUCUUCCCCUGCCCCUCGAUGUGAAGGAGGGUCUUGUGGUCCUGCGCUUAGGCUAGAGUUUGCCGAACUCCUUGAUGAAUAUAAGGGAAAUAAUUCUUUUCCUAUUGGCUUGACUGUGAAAUACGGUUGCCGCCCAGGAUAUUUCAAAGUUCCUGGAUUGAAGUCUUCAAUAACAUGCUUUAGAAAUCAAGAGUGGUCAGAAGUUCAGGAAUUCUGUAAACGAAAAUCAUGUGGACAUCCAGGAGAUCCAGAUAAUGGCAGGCUGAUUGUAUCAGGGGAUUUUCUCUUUGGUUCUACCAUCAGUUACAUCUGUGACGAAGGGCACAGGCUACUCGGUGCUUCUUCACGAAGGUGUGAGAUAUUGGGCAGAAGAGUGCAGUGGACUGGUGACGUUCCCUUUUGUCAGCGUAUCCCAUGUUUCCCACCGCCAGACAUUCCUCAUGGCACACACAGUGGCAGAUACGAGGAUGACUUCACUUAUGGGACAGUCGUAACAUAUACCUGUGAAGACGGCUACCCGCUUCUCGGAGAUGCCCACAUUCACUGUACCUCUAAGGAUGGGUUCCAUGGAGAGUGGAGUGGCCGUGUAUAUUGUGGAGUGAGGGAGUGUCCACCGCCUCAGCUUGAGAAUGGGAGGAUUAUUCGCGGGGUUUCUCAAAAGUACAUACAUAACCAAAGUGUCACGUUUGACUGCAACAAGGGCUACAUGAUGUCUGGCUCAAGAGAGAUCCGUUGCCAGAUGGACGGCAUGUGGGAGCCACCUCUCCCUCACUGUGAACGGGCUGUGCACUGCCAGCCCCCACCAGAUGUGCCAAAUGGGAGUUACAGCAACCGGGAAGCCACAGCAUUUACCCCUGAAAUGUUUGUGGAUUACACCUGUGAUCUGGGCUAUGCUCUUAUUGGAGAGGCCACUAUUUUUUGUACAUCAUCAGGGACAUGGUCUUCCCCUGCCCCUCGUUGCAAAGUGAGGGAGUGCCCACCGCCUCAGCUUGAGAACGGAAGGAUUGUGGGUGGUCUUUCUGACACCUACAGACAUAACCAAAGUGUUACCUUGGACUGCCACAAUGGCCACACGAUAUCUGGCUCAAGAGAGAUCCAUUGCCAGAUGGAUGGCACGUGGGAGCCUCCUCUCCCUCUCUGUGAACAGGCUGAACAGCACAACGAAGGAACGUUGGGAUGGGAAGUCGAAGGGAUGAUGGCCCAGGCAUCACAUUGGGACAGGGACAAAGAGAGGUCCACUCCAAUUGCGGUACUGUUCAGCACGCCGGCCUUGAGUGGACUGGAGACAACUGGUGAUGCUGGUCAGGACGGCUCAGGGAGCAGGGACGAGCCAGUUACAACGCUUUUAUCAGCUGUGCAGUGCCACCCCCUACCAGAUGUGCCAAACGGGAGUUACAGCAACCGGCAAGCCACAGCAUUUACCCCUGAAAUGUUUGUGAAUUACACCUGUGAUCCUGGCUAUGCUCUUAUUGGAGAGGCCACUAUUUAUUGCACAUCAUCAGGGACAUGGUCUUCCCCUGCCCCUCGUUGCAAAGUGAGGGAGUGCCCACCACCUCAGCUUGAGAACGGAAGGAUUGUGGGCGGUCUUUCUGACACCUACAGACAUAACCAAAGUGUUACCUUGGACUGCCACAAUGGCCACACGAUAUCUGGCUCAAGAGAGAUCCAUUGCCAGAUGGAUGGCACAUGGGAGCCUCCUCUCCCUCUCUGUGAACAGGCUGUGCAGUGCCACCCCCUACCAGAUGUGCCAAACGGGAGUUACAGCAACCAGAAAGACACAGCAUAUACCCCUGAAAUGUUUGUGAAUUACACCUGUGAUCCUGGCUAUGCUCUUAUUGGAGAGGCCACUAUUUAUUGCACAUCAUCAGGGACAUGGUCUUCCUCUGCCCCAUUCUGUGAAGGUAAACUUUGUCACAACAAGGUGGUCCAUCUUGACAAACCACAGCACUGA